CGUAUGCUGGACGUUCUUUCUGUGAUGGGCAAAACCCAGACCAGAGCGAAGGCAACUCAGGAUGCCUUAUGCUAAGGAAGAUCCCAGUGUGACCUUGCCGGUCAAGAAGGGAGAUGGGUUUGAGAUUUCCUUGCCAAGGCGUGUCAAGGAGGGAGAGUAUAUCUCUUCCUGGUGGGGCACAUUGAUGGGCAAAGAUAUUUUCGCCUGGAUCGAGUUCGGUCUUGAUGAUGAUCAGGGAUGCGCGAUUGUGAGAGUGACUUUGUACGCCUCUUCCUCAUUCUGGGUCGGGCAUGGGGUUGAGUUGGCACUUGGGCACGGGAGCCCUCUCACGAGGCCUUUGAGAGUGGCUGAGGCAGCUGCAGUAAAGUGGGCGAAGGAAGUGUCUUGCGAUGGAGAAGAGCAAGUAUUAACCCGUAUAGAGGUCAACCGUGUUGAGGAGUUUGUGCUUCCGUCAGCGCCACUACGGGUCAUCCUGCCCGAGUUUCUCGUUGAGAAGUAUUUUGGUGGACAAACGAGGAUAGUGGCAACAGCUGACGCCGCUUUGAAAACACGGGAAUGGGGGAGUGGGUGCUAUACAUGCGAGCUGGUAUAUGGAUUGUAUCCGGACCUAAGGUUUUCUCCUCCUAGUCAGUGGCUUAGGAGCAUGGUUAAUGUGGUCGACGCAUAUGCUAGUUAUCAUGACCCAGAUGAGGGAACGGUCAUCAGCAUCAUGGCGGAAGAGAGCGGUUUCGCCAAGAUCCUACGUUGGAGGAAUUCGUGUCAGAUGAAGGUGUUGUUGUGCGAGGCACUGCGAGAGUCGAUGCCGCCAGACCUCCGUGCUUUGUUGUUCCAAGGAAGGAACUUGUCUAGCUUCCUACACGACUUUCAGGGCUUCAGCCUUGUAAAGAAGUGCGACCAGAGGGCGAUGAGGUGCAUGUUCCCGCUGUUUGUUUGUGAAAGACUAAGUGAGGAGGUAUAUACCCUCAAGCAGGAGUCGGAAAUGUGGGAUGAAUUGGUGUGUUCCUUAAGGCUAAGAUUCCCAGAAGAUGGAAUAGAAGGCCCACGUGGGGAAUGCUUUGUUCCACCAGUUACGGGCGCACCAUCGCAGGCGGAGUUAAGUGGGUUACAAAGGCAAGUAGGGGUAUUGGAGGAGAGGUUAGCACGGCUGGAAGAGGCGAGGAAGGGUAAGCGGAAGGUUUCAGAAGACUCCCCGGGUGAAGGAGGAGUAGAGAAGGGUGACCAGGAAUCGCCCCUCUCGAUAGGAACCCCAAAGAGGCAAGCCAGUGUUCAAGCGAGGGACAAAGGCAAAAGAGAGGAUGAGAUAAAGGAGGAGCAUGGACCUCUCAAGUUGACAAAGGCGCAACGAAGGGCGAGGAACCUCGCUCAGGGCGGUCAAGGUACCGAAAAGGGACAGAGUUCGCAGAAGUAGCGGCUACCCCGCAAGAGGGGGGAGGCGAGGCAAGACCAAGGGGGCCUCCUCUGAUCGAGCAAGCAUUACAUGGGCAGUGGACGCCGGGUAACCGAAUGAACUUGUCGCACACAC